UCUUCUUUGGUACAGGAACCAGGCACGACGUCUUCCACAGCACCGGGACUUCCUCCUGCUUCAGGCUCAGGCUGAAGAGGUGUUGAAGGACAUUAGACAGCUGGAUGGCGCAGGUCUUCAGGACCCUGAAUGUAUCAUAAAGGUCUAUAUUAAUAAAUCAUCAGCACGACUCACGGCCGCCCGUUGAAUCUUACUUUCUCUUUCUCACCGUUGAUGACUUUGACAACCUGGGGUUCCUUUAGGAUAUCAGCUGAAUGUGGCUCAUAGAAGCUAACGUGCUAACAUGCUAACGUGCUAACAUUCUACACAUAGAUGUAGAGUUAAUCAUCACUCAAUGAUUUCAAUACUCUCAUCUUUCUCAUGAGUAGACUGAACUGAAAGCUCCAGAAGAAGAAAAGGACCCUUUAGUACAAACUCUGACUGUCUCACUGUCUUCAUCUUCAGAGGACAGACAGACAGACAGAGGGACAUCAUCGCCAUGAAGACAGACUACCAGCUAGAGAACGAGAUAGACGACAGCACCAUCUGGUUCAAAGGCAUGUCUCUGUCUGUCUGACUCUAACCCUCUGUAAAACACCAUCAUCAACUGUUGUGAUGAACUGUCUGUCUACCAGACGGUCCUCCUGUCUAUUUCUCAGGAGUCUCCAGGUUCAGACGCUGGUUGUUUCCUGGUCUGACGGCGACAAUCAUCCUGAUUGUGAUCAUAGCACUGGGAGCUAGCAGCUCAGCAGCAGACAGGUGUUGUCCUCCUGGUUGGGAUCAGAUUGGCUUCAACUGUUUCUUCUUCAGCUUUGAGUCUCUUUCCUGGAACGAGUCCAGAAUCUGGUGUGAAGACCACGAAGCUCACCUGGUCAUCAUCCACAAGGACCAGACGUGGAUGGACUGUUGGACAGACUUCACCGGGACGGAGACGGACGACGGAGACUGAGACAUGACGACCGAAUACCAUGACGACGUCGAAGACGACAACAGCUCCUUCUGGAACAAAGAGCCGGCUCCCGUCUAUUUCUCAGGAGUCUCCAGGUUCAGACGCUGGUUGUUUCCUGGUCUGACGGCGACAAUCAUCCUGAUUCUGAUCAUAGCACUGGGAGCUAGCAACUCCAAGACGUCCAGCUGGUUGUGGUCUGUGGACAGACGUGUGUCCAACCAGACAGAGUCCUUGAGCGCCGCCCAGCAGCUCAGCAAAGAUGCAGCGAAAGACGUCCAGCGCCUGAAGUUUGCUGUGGAGAGCAACAAGGACCAGCUGACCUCAGUGGACGAGGCUUUGAAGCAGCUGUCAGCUCUGGACGACAUCAGCAGGACGGUCGCUUCGCUCAAGUGUACCAUCGAACGCAUCGUCAACAACGGUUCAGCAUCUGAAGGCUGUUGUCCCCUGAAUUGGGAUAUUUUUGGCUCCAGCUGUUAUAUGUUCAGCAAGACAUCGUUGUCCUGGGACGCUGCGAGAGACUGGUGCAACGGACACGAAUCCCACCUGGUCAUACUCAACACCGACGAGGAGUGGGACUUUGUCAGACAGCAUGGCAUGGGGGUCUUUUACUGGGUGGGUCUGACUGAUGAGAGGACGGGGGAGUGGGAGUGGGUCAACCGGACGCCCUACGUCAUGAACCGGAGGUGGGCUCUUUUCUCUUUGAUUAUUCUUCAAGCUUUAGUCAGACGGACGAUGUCCGUACUGUGUUGAGAGACGAGAUCUGGACAAGGCUACACAGUACGGUACCUGCCCUGGGUCCUGUACCUGGU